AGUAGGUUCAAGGAACUAUUUUAAGAUGGGGAGUAAAGUUAAUUAGGGAAAAUACCUAGGUCUGGUGUUCGAGUUUUAUUUUAAUAGUCUUACAUGGAAAAUGAGCCAAUUUUAGUUUAGUUUAAAUUGUAAAUAUAUUUAUUAUUGGUACAUUAUUUUCCUAAGAAUUAAAUAUAAUAAUCAAAUAUCGAGAAGAAACUUACUUUUAUUCUAAGUUUACAUAACCAUUGAUUGAAAGUAAAAUCCACAAUGUAUUUUUGUACUAAAAUUGUCUUGAAAACGCUCGGAAGACGAUUUUUGUCAACUAAUAAGUUUCGAAGUGUUACGCAUUGCAUUUUUGAUAUGGAUGGUCUACUCUUAGAUACAGAACUUGUCUACAAGAAAAUGGUCACUCAGCUGUGUGCAGCAUAUGGACAUGAAUACACGGAUGAACUUAUGAUGAAGGUUUUAGGAGGAACUGAGCAACGUUUGUCUGAGAUUCUGUGCAAGGAAUUAAAUCUUCCAGUAUCUGCAAAAGAAUUUAGAAAUCAAUUGCUGGAACUAGGUGAUAGAAUGCUUGCUGGCACUCCUCUGUUAGAUGGGGCAGAAAUAAUAAUAAGGCAUCUGCACAAGAGUAAAGUUCCAUUUGCAUUAGCAACUUCCUCUAGUGAAAGAUCUGUGGUUACUAAGGUAGCUGCGCAUAAAGAGUUGUUCAAGGUAUUUAACCAUAUGGUCAUGGGAAGUAGUGACCCAGAAGUAAAAUUUGGAAAGCCAAAUCCGGACAUAUUUCUAGUUGCUGCUGCGCGAUUUCCUGAUAAACCACACCCAUCCCAGUGCUUGGUCUUCGAGGACUCUCCACACGGCGUCACAGCGGGAAUUUCAGCUGGCAUGCAAGUGGUUAUGGUGCCCGACCCCCAUUUAGAUAGAAAACUGACUGAACAUGCCACCAUAGUUCUUCCUACUUUGUCUAAAUUUCAACCAGAGCUAUUUGGAUUACCAGCUAUGCAGUAAAGAAUGAGAUGCCUACAUCAGUGUCAGUCCUUUGUUGCACGUGCGUUUUGUUUCACGUAAUCUAUAUACCUAUAUAUAGGUAUAAACGUAAAAGUCCUGACUGACUGACUCACUUAAAUCAACGCCCUUAAAUCAAAGCUGAAAUUUUCACAAUAGGUAGCUUUUAUGACGUUAGUAUCCACUAAGAAGGGGUUUUUCAAAAGUGGUUUUUCUAAGGUGGUGAAAAAGGGGUUGAAAGUUUGUAUGGAGAUCAUAAUUUUUUUUUAGUGCGGGACUUGAAACUUCGUGUAAAGGCAUAUUAUUAGAAUACAAGAAAAGCGAUUUCAGCGUUUUUAAAAAUUCAUCCCCUAAAUGGGUUCAAAAAGGGUUGAAAGUUUGAAUCCAUUAAAAAUACUUUGAAACUUCCUAAAAAGGCAUAAUAGCCGAUUAUAAAAAAAAGUAAUAUUGAAGUUAUUUCAAAUUCAACCCCUAAGGGGGUUAAAAAGGGGAUGAAAGUUUGUCUUGGGGUUGGGUUUUAUAAUAUAAAUGUUUAUUAGUUAUAAUAAAAAAAACAAGAGAACUCAUUUCAGCGUUUUUAAAAAUUCAUCCCCCAAGUUGGUGAAAAAGGGGUUGAAAAUUUGUAUGGAGAUCAAAUAUUUUUGUGAGUGUGGGACUUAAAUCUUUGUAUAAACAAUGAGGAUAUAAUAAGAUAGAGCGGUACUGUCAUAGUAAAUUUUGUAACCACUUUAAAUUCACUGCCAUCUAUCGACAUACUUUAAAACUAAGAAUGAAGAUUUAUAAAAAUACGUUAAAAUGUAUUUAUCUAUGGAUAAAUGUUUUUUUUAUUUGCAUUAAUUAUUUUUAUAUGAUAUUGACCCAUGUUCUUUCACUUGUAUGCGUUAAAAUUAUAAAUAACAAACGAAACAGUCAACGCCCUCUAUACGAGUGUAGGCCAAAACUAGUGGCGCCAUCUGAUCGAGAAUCAAAUUUUCGUGAUUUUCGAGGCACGUUUUUCCUUAGACUGUAUCCAUCUAUUACGGAGUUAUAUCUAUCUUUGGUAUAAAGGCAUAUUGUUAGAAUACAAGAAAAGUAAUUUCAGCGUUUUUAAAAAUUCAUUCCUUAAAAGGGUUAAAAGUUUGUAUAGGGUCCAAAUUAUAUUUUAAGCAAGGGUUUGAAACUUCGUAAAAAGGUAUUUCAUUAAAAGAGAAGAAAGCUAAUUUCAGCGUAUUUGAAAAUUCAUCCCUUAAGGUGGUGAAAAAGGGGUAGAAAGGUUGUAUGGAGGUCAAACAUUUUUUUAAGUGCGCGACUUGAAUCGUUGCAUAAAGGCAUGUUAUUAGAAUACAAGAAAAGUGAUUUCAGCGUUUUUAAAAAUUCAUCCCCUAAAGUGGUUAAAAACGGGUUGAAAUUUUGUCGUGGUCCUAAUUUUAUUUUAAGCUAGGUACAGAAAAACCUUCAUAGAAAGAUAUAUAAUUAGAAGAGAAAAAAACUUAUUUUAGCAUUAUUAAAAUUCAUCCCCCAAUGUGGUAAAAAUGGGGUUGAAAGUUUGUAUGGAGAUCAAUUUUUUUUUUUAGUGCGGGAAUUGAAUCUUUGUAUAAAGGCAUAUUAUUAGAAUACAAGAAAAGUAAUUCAAGCGUUUUUAAAUAUUCAUCCCCUAAAAGGGUUAAAAAGGGGCUGAAAGUGAAUCUAUUACAAAUGCUUUGAAACUUCUUAGAAAGGCAUUGUAUAAGAUUCCAAAAAAGUUAUUUCAACGUUCUUAAACAUUCAACCCCUAAAGGGGUUAAAAAGGGGAUGUAAGUUUAUAUGUGGUACAAAUUUUCUUUUAAGCUAGGAACUUGAAACUUGGUAAAAAGGGCAUUAAAUUAAAAUAGACGAAAACUGAUUACUUACACCGUUUUUGAAAAGUUUGUAUCAAUAGUUUCGGGAGCGAAUAUUUUUUAAAUAGGGCUUGUAAAUCUUCUAAGGGGGUCGAGAGGGAUUAUAUCGGGAACAAUUUUUUUCAGUUAGGGUCUUGAGACUUCGUAGUUUGUGAAAGACAAAUUUCAUGCGUUGUAUAAUUAUUAACAAAUGAUUAACCGUCCCUACUGCUAUCUCUUGCUGCAUAUAGUUAUAUGCUCAUGUAGAAUAUUUAACCACCAACAUACAAAUCCACGCGUACGAAGUCGCGGGCAACAGCUAGAUUUACCAUAAAAUAUGAACUGAAAUAUUAUGUGACUGGCAUUAUCAACUCUAUAUUUACCAUCGUAAACACUGUUAACUGACCAUUUGCAUACCUUACUGCAACGAGAUAAGGUUUACCAAUGGUCAGUUAAGGGUGUUGCUCAUUGACAAAUAACGUGUCAAAUGUUAUUGAUAUUGUCGCAUUACAAACUUGUAGACUUGGCAUGUAAAAAUAAUAAAAAAAAUAUAAAAAUAUUACCCCCAUUCAAAUAUAGCGGAAUCGAUUCUCCUAUCGAUUCUGAACAAACUGUUUUUAGGUUUUCAGUGGGUCAUGAAACACCGUGUAUAAACGUAAAAGUCCUGACUGGCUGACUGACUCACUUAAAUCAACGCCCAGCCCAAACCGUUGGACCUAGAGAGCUGAAUUUUUCACAAUAGGUAGUUUUUAUGACGUCAGUAUCCACUAAGAAGGGGUUUUACAAAAUUCAUCCCCUAGGGGAUGAAAUGAGGGUCCAAAGUUUGUAUGGGGUUCAAGUUUUAUUUUAAGCUAUGAAUUCGAACCUUGGGUAAAAUAUAUAUUAUUAAAAAACAAGAAAACUAAUUUCAGCGUUUUUUGAAAAUUCAUCCCCUAAGGUGGUUAAAAAGGGGUUGAAAAUUUGUAGGGGUCCUAAUUUUAUUUUAAGCUACUUGAAACUUCGUAGAAAGAUAUUUAAUAAAAAGGGAAGAAAACUUAUUUCAGCAUUUUUGAAAAUUCAUCCCCCAAGGUGGUAAAAAAGAGGUUGAAAGUUUGUAUGGAGAUCAAACCUUUUUUUGAGUACAGGACUUCAGUCUUUGUAUAAAGGCAUAUUAUUAGAAUACAAGAAAAGUAAUUUAAGCGUUUUUUAAAUAUUCAUCCCCUAAAAGGGUUAAAAAGGGGUUGAAAGUUUGAAUCCAUUACAAAUGCUUCGAAACUUCUUAGAAACGCAUUGUAUAAUAUUACAAAAAAAAGUUAUUUCAACGUUCUUAAUAAUUCAACCCAAAAGGGGGUUAAAAAGGGGAUGUAAGUUUAUAUGUAGUACAAGUUUUCGUUUAAGCUAGGAACAUGAAACUUGGUAAAAGGGCAUUAUAUUUAAAUAGACAAAAACUGAUUGCACCGUGUUUGAAAAAUUUGUAUUAAUAAAGUUUGCAUCGGGUGUAAAAAAAAAAUUUAUAUAGUGGACUUGAAAGUAAGUGUUGAGCGGGAUUAUAUCAAGAACAAUUUUUUUCAGUUUGGGGCUUGAAACUUCGUACUUUGUGAAAGACAAAUUUCAUGCGUUGUAUAAUUAUUAACAAAUGAUUAACCGUCCCUACUGAUAUCUUUUGCUGCAUAAUGUUCUAUGCUCAUGUAAAAUAUACAUAUAACCACCAACAUACAAAUCCACACGUACGAAGUCGCGGGCUACAGCUAGUAUUCAAUAAAAUCAAAAAAAUAUAAACUUGUUUCCGGCGGCUUAAAAAAGCCCCCCACAGCGUCAGUUCAGUCAGUUAUCCUCAAACAAGGCGACUCAUUUUAAGAUCCAACCCAUUACUUGACACCACGCUUGAAGUUUAACGACUAGGCUAGAGUACUUCAUUGUCGGUCGUCCUUACUCCUUACGAUCGACAAUGAGGUAAGUACCCUAGUCGUUAAAUUUUUUCUUUAGAAGGCACGAUGUAAAUAAAUGUGACGUUUGGAUUCCGGCUGCACGAGCAUUACUGCUGCUGUUUUGCAGCGCGACAUCACUGCCGACUGCAUUGCUGCUGCAAAUGUCAAAAACAAAAACAAUUUUGGCAGUAAUGUCGCGCUACAAUAAUGCUGGUGCAAUCUGAGUCCGAACUUCAAUUUUAAUCUGAACAACGUAUCAUUAUGUAGGUACUGGCCAAAAUAUUUUUCACAUCACCUAUUCGAAAAGGGAACUUUUCUUCCCUGUUAGGAGGGAUCAAAGUGGCACUUUUCUGUUCAAGGACAUUUUGUUGCCAGUAUGAAAUAUUGACACAAAGACAUAUGAAAUUAGUAUGCAUAUAAUCGAUUACAAUUUCUUUAAAAUCGAUUACGUGCAUACAAUUUUCUAACUUAAAUAAUAUUUUGUUGUAAUUGUAAACAAUAAAGAAAUAUAAAUAACAUAGCAUAGCAUAUAAAUAUAAAUGUAAUAAAUAAAUAUAUAUAUAUAGCGUAUUUUAAAUUAAUUAAUAGCAUAUUUAAAUUAAGUAAAUUAAUUAAUUAGCGUAAUAUUUACAAAGAAACGUAAAAAACAUUAGUUUAAUAAUUUAAUUUUUAUUUUGACAUUUUAGGUCUCCUUAAACGCAACCAUACUUGUCUAUGCAAUUUAAAAAGUUUUGUACAAAUAUUUCACAAAGCAUAAUUAUGCGGUUCUGUAUUGUGUAUAAAUUUGUAAAUACUUAGUUUAAAUCAAUAACUUUAUAAUAAUAAAUAUAAGUGAUAUCAGUCUUCAUAGUGUUCUUUCAUAGUGGAUUUGGUUCAAAAGGGUACUUAAGAGCUAAUUUGUUACCAGAAAAAUCUACAAAAAUAAUGCACUUGAUUUUCAUUGUAUCAUUUUAGGUGUUUGCUGCUGUUUUUGAAAAGAUAUUAGGUACAUAAUUAUGAGCUGUAAGUACUUUUAAUUUGUCAGUACAGUCACGUCUGAAAAUAUCCAUACGGACAAAGUGCCAGAAG